AUGUCAGCUGUACAGGAUUCUACAUCGAGUGAUUCUAUUGAUUUUUCCGCAUUUUUGGCCGAAGAUUUUAAUGUAAAAGAAUGGAUAAACGGAGCGUUAUCAAGUAUCAAUUUGAAUUCCAAUACAUUUCCUUCUUCAGGUCAAAAAGAUAAUAAUAAUACAAUUGAACCAGAUGAAACUAAAAAAUUCAAAUUUAAUGAAAGAGAAUUAUUGAUACUAGAAAACCAUGCAUCAGAUAUUGUAGAGAAACUUCAAUAUUUAAAUCAAGGAGUUUCACAUCGACUAGAAAAUACCAUUGAAGAUAUAGUCAAAAAUAUGCCAUCAAUCAUGACUGAACUACAAAUAAUACAACAAAAUUCAGAAAAUUUAAAAGAAAGUGUUGCGUUGGUAAAAUCAUCACUUGGAAAUGUUGAAAAUAAUACAGGUAAAGCGAUUGAACGACUUAAAUAUUUAGAUUUGGUAAAAACUCGUAUGGAAUUAUCAAGAGAUGUAUUGAGGGAAGCAGAGAAUUGGAGUAAUUUAGAAGCUGAAGCUAGUACAAUAUUUGCAUCGCAGGAUUAUCAAAAAGCGGCCAUUAGAUUACAAGAAGCGGAAAAAAGUUUAGUAAUAUUUCAUAAUACUCCAGAAUAUGAAGAGAGAAGGAAAUUACUUACAGAAUUACAAAAUCAACUUGAGGCAACUGUUAGUCCACAACUUGUUGCAGCUCUUAGUCAACAUGAUAUCAGCGCCUGUCAAAAAUUUUUUACAAUUUUUAGUCAAAUUGGAAGGAAAAAAGAAUUUUGUAAUUAUUAUUAUGGAUCAAGAAAAGCUCCGUUGGUAAAAGUUUGGCAAAAUGCUUCACUAAUAGAUAUCAAUUCGACAGUAGUUCCUAAAUUUAUAGAAUUCUUGCAAGAAUUUUUUCACGAAUUAUUUGUGGUACUUAAUGAAGAGUAUACUUGGUGUGGUAAUAUAUUUCCAGAUGCUAAUGAAACUAUAAUUUCAUUAAUUGAAAAUAUUUUUAAUUCUUUGAAACCAUCUUUGGGAGUUCGAUUAGCAGGUUUAGUAGAACAUUAUCAUGAACAAUGUUUACCUGAAAUAAUUAAUGCUUUUAUUGUUAAAAAACGAAAUGGUGGAUCGUUAGAUUUAGAAGGAGUUAUGGCUGAUAAUAUUGGAAAAAUAUUUUCAAUGGCAGAAAGUGCAUUACAAAGGUGCAUGACACUUACUCAUGGAUUUGCGGGGGUUGGACUUGUCGAUGUACUUAAUUAUUAUUUUGCGGAAUUUAUUAAAGAAUAUCAAUCUUUAUUAGAUCAAUUAAGAAUAGAUUGUGGAUUAAAAGAAAAUACUCAAACAACAAAUUUCACAUCUAUGAAUCGAGAUUAUUUUGAUUUUGAUCAAGAUAGAUUACAACAAGAAGAUUGGUCUAAUUUUCAAAUAGGUUUAAGAUUACUUGCAACAUGUCGAUUGGCUUCAGAUAAAUUAAAUAAUUUUGAGAUGACGGUAAAAUUCAUAUUAUCAACUGUAUUACCAUUAAUUAAUCAAGAUGAUGAUUCACUUAAUGAAGAUUUAGAAUGGUAUGAAAGAAAAUCAUCAACAAUUCCUAAUUUAAGUAAAACCUUAUCAAUUGGUACACAAUCAUCAAUUCUUCUUUUGAAACAAUCACCUUUAAAUAGUUAUCAAUUAUAUGAAUUAUUAUCUAAUUUAGAAUCACGAGAAUUGUUAGAACCAUCAAAAAGAUCAAUUGGAAAUUUUAUAAGAUCUAGUCAACGAUUUGUUUAUGAUACAAUAUUUUUACCGAUAGUAAAACAUUUAGUUAAUCUUCCAAUGAUGGAAGUAUGGAAAGCAACAGCUGAACUUGCUCAAGUAUCUCCAUUUAAUUUGGAAAUACCAACAUUUAGUUUAUCACCAUCAGAAUAUAUCACGAGAGUUGGGGAACAUUUAUUAACUUUACCACAACAAUUUGAAGUUUAUGCAGAUGAUAAAUCUUUAGCAUUUUCUAUUAAAUCAUUACCUUAUAGUGAUGCAAUACCUAUGCAAACGGACAUCACCACAUCUUCAUCUUCAUCUAAUAUAUUAAAAGAUCCUUUAGAUGCUGAAGGUUUAUCUUCAAUUACUAUUGUAAAUGAAGAUGGUAUAGCGAAUGAAGAUAAAAGUAUAACAACGACAAUAACUACAAUUACACCUUCCUCCUCACAAUUAAUAGAUCAAGAAGAAGAAAUAUCAACUGAAGAAGUUACUCACGCAUGGAUAACUUCAGUAGCAAGAGGAACCAUGCAUGCUUUAUUAGAAGGAAUAUUAGCGAUACCACAAUUAUCAUCACAUGGUAAUCAACAAUUAUUAACUGAUUUAGGAUAUUUAACAAAUGUAUUAAGUGCAUUAGAUAUUUUACCAACUAGAGAAUUAUUUAUGGCCGUAAAAGUAUUAGAAAUGGAUGAAGAUAAAGUUGGAAGUGAUGAAUUUUUGAAUUCGGAUGAUAGAGAAAUAUUAAUAAAAGUUGCGAGUGUUCGAG